AUGGCCGGCACCAACGCAACUGGGAAGCUUGCAGAUGCUGUAGGCACCCAUCAUCCCUCACCACCGCUCUUACAGGAAGGCCAAGGGCUUCCUAGGGGCCCUCCUCGUCCUGAGGGGUCCACGGAGCCUCACGCAGAGCAUGCACGCGACGCGGGGAAAAUCGGCUUCCCCAUUGAUCUCCUGUCUUUGUUGCGGGGGCACCCAGGGCCCCAAAUGCUGCCCCCAGAGAGUGGCUCAACCUUCCGGCAAUCGGAUGGUUCGUUCAGGUGCAACUGGGAUGCCCUGAAGAGCGGCGAGGCCUUUUGUUCCUCUGUAAAUGCCUGUUGCACCUUCUGCCUUUCGCGCGCCCUAGGAGGACCUUCAGCACUGUCGGCUGCCCUGCUGGAGAAGCUGCGGGGAGAAGCUAAGGUGGCAAUUGAGGAGGAAGUCGGUCGGCUCGUUCAGGUUGUUAGGGAGACUGCUGCAGCUGCUCAGACUGAGGGGCCCUGCGGCCACGCAGAAGCCGCGGAAAAGGCGACCCAAGAGCUUCUUAAGCAUCCAGCUCUGCAAGCUGUCGCAUUCUUAAGUGUACAUGAGCGUCGGCUGGCAGUCUUUGAAAUUUGGCUAGACCGCUGGCAGGUGCUGUGUAGAGACUAUCACUGCACCUGCGGCAGUGCAGAAGCCGCUUUGGAUGGACUUUCGAAGGUUGCCUCGAGCGCCGCCAGCACGGGAAGUGACAGUGACACUAAGGCGGCGGUCGAGGAUCUCAAGACACAGGUGUCAAGACUGCGCGAAGAAGCCCACACUGCACAGCAGGAAGAGGAGGGAACAGUCUCGGAGGCGCGAAGUUUGUCAAUGGCCUUAGUGACAAAGCAGCAGCAAUUUCUGCAGGCGGUUGAGCGAGUCAAGGCCCUUGAGAAGAUCCGAGCAGAUCCAGCUUUCGCCAUCAUGCAGCGCGCGCAGCAGCAGCUCUCUUUCGCGAGUCCAGAGGGGCUUUUCGCCUCGUACAAGGAGCCUCUCAGCUUUAUAGAAGAGAAGUGCAACAAACUCGCGGAUUUAGCGCGCUUAAUGCAGCAGCAGUCUACGCAGCCUCUGACUGGAGCGUCGCUACUGCGGUCCAGCUGGACAGCCUCUCAGUCCCUUGGUACUGCCCUAGGGGAAGAGGAUGCAUCUGUCCGGGCAGGAGAUGCUGGAUUGCUUGGAGCCUUGGGCAGCCUGCAGACGCCGCAUGCAUCCCUGCACUCUCCGCGUUCGCAACGUGCCCGCAUAUCCUCUCGCUUUGCUUCACCCGUUGCCCAAGGGGAGGCUCAAGCCACUGUCUCGGCGGCAAGGGACGGGGAGGAGGCCCCGCGGAGAGGGGAUUUCGCAGAAAUACUCCACUGCCUGCAGAGGGAAGGGCCAAAAGGCUCACCUGCGAAGAAUGGACAGCCCUUAAAUCGUGAACCUGACCGCAAAGACGUCGUCGAGCAGGAGCCACCCUUGGUGGCUCCUGCCGGCACUCUUGUAUGCCAAGCUCCCGAAGCGUCCCCCGCAAGCUGCCAGAGGCGCAUGCAGGCCAGGGCAGAGGCGGGCAGCAGCAGCAAGCGGAUCCGCCCUGUGAAGAACUCUCUGUUGAGCAGCUUGUGGGGUCGCAGUCCUCCUCCGGGAGCUGCCCACGCCGACCUAGACAUGGACACGGAAGCCGCCUGGCCACCCAUGGAGCAAAAAAGAGGGCGAAAAACCGAGGCACAGUGUAAGAGUGAUGCAGCUGCAUUUGCCCAGUGGUGUUGUCCAUCCUUUGCAAAGACAUGCGAAAUUUUUGAUUCAAACUCUUUGCUGAGCGGGCCUAUAGCCCAUACGCCAGGCAGCAGCUGCACUGACCAUAAAGGCUGGCUACAACAAUCUCUGCCUUUGUUUUCCGUCUAUUUCUGGAUAAUAUUCACAGGAGACUUUGUGGAUCGAUUCAUUCCUACGUCGACGGCCCGAAGGGUAGUUUAA